AUGCCCCUGGCAGCACGCACACUCGGCCACAAGCUCUUCAUCGGUGCCCACGUCUCGGCCGCUGGCGGUGUCCCCAAUGCCGUCCAGAAUGCUGUCCACAUCGGCGCCAACGCUUUCGCUCUGUUCUUGAAGUCCCAACGCAAGUGGGCCAACCCUCCACUGGCCGAAGCUCAUUCCAUUGACUUCCAUGCUCAUUGCGAUAAGCACGACUUUGACCAGAAUCAACAUGUCGUCCCACACGGCUCGUACCUUGUCAAUCUGGCACACACCGAUCCCGACCGUACCAAACAAGCGUAUGACUCCUUCCUCGACGAUCUGAAGCGCUGCGAAAAGCUGGGCAUCUCGCUCUACAACUUCCAUCCUGGUAACAGCGUUGGUGGUGAUCGCGAUGCUGCCAUUGCACACUUGGCCAACAACCUCAAUCGCGCUCACAAGGAGACCUCACAAGUCAUCACGCUACUCGAAAACAUGGCCGCUGGCGGAAAUGUCAUUGGCUCGACUUUUGAAGACUUGCGCGAUGUCAUUAAUUUGAUACAUGACAAGUCUCGCGUCGGUGUCUGUCUCGAUACCUGCCAUGCCUUUGCUGGCGGCUAUGACCUUCGAACACCCGAGACCGUUCAAAGGACUCUAUCAGACUUUGACGAAACAGUUGGUAUGAGAUACCUACGUGCCCUGCACCUCAACGACAGCAAAGCACCCUUCUCAAGUAACAGAGAUCUACACGCAAACAUCGGCACCGGCUUCCUGGGCCUUCGCGGUUUCCACGCAAUCAUGAACGAUGAGCGCGUCAUCGGCCUUCCCAUGGUCCUCGAAACACCAAUCGAAGUCCGUGAUGAGAAUGGCAAUCUCCAAAAAGAUGCUAAGGGCAAAGAGAUGGAAGACAAGAACAUCUGGGCUCGUGAGAUCAAGCUGCUCGAGAGUCUUGUGGGCAUGAACGUUGAUGGCGAAGAGUUCAAGGACUUGGAAGACAAGCUGCAGAAGAUGGGUAAGGUCGAGCGAGACAGAAUCGCCGAACAAGUUGAGAAGAAAACGACAAAGGUCAAGGUCAAGGAAGACAAGGCGAAGGCCAAACAGACCAAACUAAACUUUGGCAAGGCUGCUGCUCCUGCGAAAAGGGCUAAAAAGAGUAAGAAGGAUGAAGACGCUGAUCAGAGUGAUGCUUCCCUGAGCUCAGUGCCCUCGGACAAUGAGAGCUAA